AUGACCGACGCCGCCGCUGCCCCCGCGGGCGUGAAGCUCAACGCGUCCACCAUCGCCGAGCCCUUCAGCCUGGCCGUGCGCGAGUACAUCGACACGGAGAUGGGCGGCCAGGGCCCCAAGCUCGUGGGUUUGCUGGCCCACGGCGACCCGGCCGCCAAGAAGUACGCCGAGUGGACGGGCAAGGCCUGCGCGCGCGACGGCAUCCGCUACGAGCUGCGCGAGGUGCCCAAGGACGAGCUGCUGGAGGCGCUGGAGAAGGCCAACCACGACCCGGACGUGCACGGCAUCCUGGUGUACUACCCGUGCUUCGGCCCGUUCCCGAGCUUCUUCGGCGGCACCAUGGACGACUUCCUGCGCGACAGCAUCAGCAUCAAGAAGGACGUGGAGGGUCUGUGCCAGUUCUACCGCGGAAACCUCUACCGCAAUAUCCGCUACGUGGACGACGAGCAGACGCAGAAGUGCGUGCUGCCCUGCACGCCGCUGGCCAUCGUCAAGAUCCUCGAGCACAUCGGCAUCUACGACAAGUCCAAGCCCGAUGGCGACCACCUCGCGGGCGUCAACAUCACGGUCAUCAACCGCAGUGACAUUGUGGGCCGCCCGCUGGCCGCCAUGCUCGCUAACGACGGUGCCGACGUGUACAGCGCCGACAUCGACUCGCUCUACCUGUUCCGCCGCGGCAAGCUCAUCCCGAGCGAGGAGACCCAGGAGUCGGCGUGCAAGAAGUCCCGCGUCAUCAUCACCGGCGUCCCCGUGAAGAGCUACAAGCUGCCGCUCGAGUGGGUGAGUGAGAACACGGUGGUGAUCAACGUCGCGUCCUUCAAGAACGUGGAUGAGGCCGAGCUGCUCAAGAUCAAGGGCGUGCAGUACGUGCCGCUCGUGGGCAAGGUCACGGUGGCCAUGCUCGAGCGCAACCUGCUGCGUCUGUACGAGAACUUCCACUGGAAGCCCAAGAAGGUCUGGCAGUAA